AUGGCCGGCCGCGUCCUCCUCCGCGCCGCCGCACUCGGCCUCGCCGCAGCGGGGGCCCUCCACGCCGUCUCCAAGUGGACGCCGCCCAGGGAGAUCUCUCCCUACGUCCCGUCCAUGAGGUUCAUGCUACUGGAGUCCGCGCAGGACCUCCAGGCCGCCCUGCUCGGCGCGCACCCGCUCUACGGCCAGCAUCUCCGCGACGUCCGCGCCCGCGCCGAUCACGACCUCGCGCUCGCCGACGUCGACCGCGCCGAGGGCGGCGACCCCGCCGCGGCCGCCGACCUCCGCCUCCUCGCGUUCCUCGCCACCCGCGACGUCCGCGCCGACGACGCCCUGCGCAUCUACGAGGAGGCGGCCCGCGACGCGCCGUUCGACCCCCGCCCCCGCGCCCUCGCCUACCACCUGUGCUGCUUCGACCGGCGACACGACGAGUCGGUGCGGUGGAGCGCGGCAUACCGCCGCCUCGUCCCGGUCAUCGACGGCGCAAGCCAGGUUCCCGGGUUGGAGUCCCACGAGAUGCGGGAGCUCGUCCGCGAGCUGUUCAUCGCGGCGACGAUGGGCGGCGUCUUUAGGAUCCUCCACCCCGGGGACAGGGCCGCCGUCAUGGACGCGGCCUGCGGCGCAGUAGACAAGGGGCUAGUCGCUGCGCUGCAGGACAAGGAGCUGUCAGCGACAGAGAGGCUUCGUCUGCGAGCUCUCCGCGUGUAUCUGCACGCCAAGGUGCUGCUUCUCAUCAAGGAGGCGAGGGACGUGGCCAACGGUGGUGCGGAGGCAUCUCCUGUUUCAUGAUGAGGUUGACAUAUAAUUACAGAAGUCGACAGUUCUUGUUUCUCUGAAGUGCCUGAUCGGUCAAGUUACUAUGGAGGCCAUGUUCGUUGUAUCAGCGUUAAGGUUCUAGAUUGUAAGCAGAGAUUUUCAACUAGCAGAUCUGUUAACCAUAGAAGCUAGGUUAUUGUUUCGCAAGAAUGUUAGUUCAUGUGCCACUCGAAUAGAGUUGCCUUUUAUAAGGUCA